GAAACCAAACACGGAAUUGGGGAUUUGAACGAUCUUACGUGUCAUUCCCCGAGUGUCAGUGAUACAGAAACCCCCCGUGGAGUCGUCAGCAGAAACGUAUCGCUGCUGGUCACUGUCUCGUCCUUGAUGAGCUGUCGUCACCCUGGUAACGGUUGCUAACAGCGAGAAGAAAUGAAGGCCUUGAUCCUUGUCGGGGGGUACGGGACCCGGCUGAGACCGCUCACCCUGAGCGUCCCUAAACCGCUGGUGGAUUUCUGCAACAAACCAAUACUACUGCACCAGGUGGAGGCUCUGGUCAAGGCCGGGGUGACUCAUGUGGUUCUGGCGGUGAGCUACAUGUCAGAGCUGCUGGAGAGAGAGAUGAGAGUCCAGGAGGAGAGACUUGGGAUUCGUAUCUCUCUGUCUCAUGAGAAGGAGCCUCUGGGGACAGCUGGUCCCCUGGCGUUGGCUCGAGAGCUGCUGAACAUCGACAACGAGCCCUUCUUUGUCCUCAACUCGGACGUCAUCUGUGAUUUUCCCUUCAAAGAUCUGCUGCAGUUUCACAACAACCACGGCAAAGAGGGAACCAUCGUGGUCACACGGGUGGAGGAGCCCUCUAAGUACGGUGUGGUCGUGUUUGAGACAGACAGUGGCCUGAUACAUCGCUUCGUUGAGAAGCCGCAGGUGUUUGUGUCCAACAAGAUCAACGCCGGCAUCUACAUCUUCAAUCCCAGCAUGCUCGGCAGGAUCCAGCUGAGACCAACGUCCAUAGAGAAAGAGAUAUUCCCCGUGAUGGCACAGGAGGGACAUCUGUACGCCAUGGAGCUGCAGGGCUUCUGGAUGGACAUCGGUCAGCCUAAAGACUUCCUGACGGGGAUGUGUAUGUACCUUCAGUCUGUACGACAACAUGCUCCUGAGAGGCUACGCACAGGGCCCGGUUUCCUCGGCAACGUUCUUGUGGACCCGACAGCGCAGAUUGGAGAGAACUGCACCAUCGGGCCGAAUGUCACCAUUGGUGCGGGUGUGGUGGUAGAGGACGGGGUGAGGAUAAAGCGCUGCACGGUGAUGAAGGGAGCGCGGGUUCGAUCGCACUCCUGGCUGGAGAGCUGCAUCGUGGGAUGGAGCUGCUCUGUGGGCCAGUGGGUUCGUAUGGAGAACGUGACGGUGUUAGGGGAGGACGUGAUCGUGAAUGACGAGCUCUACCUGAACGGUGCAAACGUCCUGCCUCACAAAUCCAUCAACGACUCGGUCCCAGAGCCACGAAUCAUCAUGUAGCACGGGUUGGAGGACAGAAAAACCCAGCGCCUUUUUUUAUAUAUGAACUCUGUUAACCACCCAAACUGUGCCAGAGAGAGAAAGAGAGACAACAAACAGGCGGGUGACGUACAGAAAAAGGAAGAAGAGAGUUUAAUUUUCCUUUUUCAUCCUUAGUUUGGACUCGUUUUUUAGCCCUGCUUCGCUGCAUCUUCCAUCAGUAAGCCAAACAUCAAAUACUAAUGUUCUGAAUGUGGCAGUAAAUGUGUUACAUAAACACUGCUUUAAUAAUUAAAAAAAGGAGAGGGAGGGGGCUGAUAUAGCUGGGCUGGUUGUCUGUAGAAAGGUGGAGGGAGUCAUGUGAAGUGUGGGAUCAGAGGGAGGAACUGUUAGACUCACUAUGCAUUUACAGCUGAGGACGGGUACAGAGUGUUCAGACUUAAUCAUGUCAAGGCGUGUUUCAGAGACUGGAAGACACAGAACUUACUUAUGAAACAAAAAGCUGUGAUAGUUAGCUGUGAUAGUUAGCUGAAGCUGCGUUUUGGCCUCUUGGGGGCAGCAGAGAAAGCUGAAAACAGAACAUCUAAUAUGAACAGUUGCUAUGGUGAUUGUUUAAAGGUCACAUAUUAUGCAACAUACACUUCACCAUGUUUUUCUAACACUAAUAUGUGUCUGUAGUCGGUCUA